AUGGCAGCUUCCGACGGAAGCGAGUACUUCGAGAUAGGAUCCAUCGCGAGCGAAAGCUUCGCGAGGGCCUCCAACGCCGACACGGUGGAGGAGGACGAGGCGGAGCUUCAGUGGGCGGCGCUCUCUCGCUUGCCGUCGCAGAAGCGCAGCAACUUCGCCCUCCUCCGCGCCUCCUCUUCCCGCCUCCAAACUCCUCCGCAAGGCUCCGGCACCGACAAUUUAGUCGACGUCAGGAAGCUGAACCGCUUCCACCGUGAACUCGUCGUCAAGAAGGCCCUCGCCACCAACGACCAAGACAACUACCGCCUCCUCUCCGCCAUCAAAGAACGCCUCGACAGGGUUGGAUUGGAGGUGCCGAAUAUUGAAGUUAGAUACAAGGACUUGACCAUCAGUGCUGACGUUCAAAUCGGUUCCAGAGCUCUGCCAACUCUGAUCAAUUACACUCGGGAUGCAUUUGAGAAUAUCCUAACCAAGUUGAGGAUAUGUCGACCUAAACGGCAUUCCCUUACCAUCUUGGACAAUGUCAGUGGCGUCAUCAAACCUGGAAGGAUGACUUUGUUGCUUGGACCUCCUGGAUCGGGCAAAUCCACCUUACUUUUGGCUCUCGCUGGCAAGCUUGAUUGUAACCUAAAGAAAACUGGUAGUAUAACAUACAAUGGCCAUGAGGCAGAUGAAUUUUAUGUUCGAAGGACUUCAGCGUACAUUAGCCAAACAGAUAAUCACAUUGCAGAACUGACAGUACGAGAAACUUUGGACUUUGCUGCUAGAUGUCAAGGUGCACAAGAAGGUUUUGCAGCAUAUACGAAAGAUCUGGGCCGCCUAGAGAAUGAAAGGAACAUACGACCUAGUCCACAAAUUGACGCAUUUAUGAAGGCAUCAUCUGUUGGAGGUAAAAAGCACAGUGUGAACACAGACUACAUUUUGAAAGUUCUUGGUCUCGAUGUAUGUUCAGAGACAAUAGUUGGCAACGAAAUGCUCAGGGGGGUCUCCGGUGGCCAGAGAAAGAGAGUUACAACAGGAGAAAUGAUUGUUGGUCCAAGAAAAACACUAUUUAUGGAUGAAAUUUCAACUGGACUUGAUAGCUCUACUACAUUCCAGAUAGUAAAAUGCAUAAAGAAUUUUGUUCAUCAGAUGGAGGCCACAGUACUCAUGGCUCUCCUUCAGCCAGCUCCUGAAACAUUUGAGCUAUUUGAUGAUCUUGUGCUCCUGUCAGAAGGGCACGUGGUAUAUGAAGGCCCUCGAGAAAACGUGCUUGAGUUUUUUGAGUCAGUAGGUUUUAAACUUCCACCACGUAAGGGGAUUGCAGACUUUCUUCAGGAGGUGACCUCUAAGAAGGAUCAAGCACAAUACUGGGCCGAUCCUUCAAAGCCAUAUCAGUUUGUCCCAGUUAGUGAGAUUGCAGAAGCCUUUAGAAAUUCAAGAUUUGGAAGGUAUAUGGAAUCCAUGCAGGCUCAUCCAUAUGAUAAAUCAAGGUGUCAUCCUUCAGCUUUGGCUAGAAAUAAAUUUGCUGUGUCAAAAUGGGAGAUCACUAAAGCUUGCUUUGCACGAGAAGUUCUUUUGAUCAGAAGGCAUAGUUUUCUUUAUAUUUUUAGGACCAUCCAGGUUGCUUUUGUUGCAUUUGUCACAUGCACAGUAUUCCUGCGGACGAGGUUACAUCCCACAGAUGAGGCUUACGGAAACCUUUAUCUUUCUGCUCUAUUUUUCGGGCUGGUUCAUAUGAUGUUUAAUGGGUUUUCUGAGUUGCCUCUAAUGAUAUCUCGGCUUCCUGUAUUUUAUAAGCAAAGAGAUAAUUUAUUCUAUCCUGCAUGGGCAUGGUCAAUUACCAGUUGGAUUCUUCGUAUUCCUUACUCCGUGAUAGAGGCUGUUAUAUGGACUGUUAUUGUAUAUUACACUGUUGGAUUUGCCCCUGCAGCGGGAAGGUUUUUUCGCUACAUGUUAUUACUUUUUGUAAUGCAUCAAAUGGCGUUAGGUCUCUUCCGGUUGAUGGCUGCUAUUGCACGAGAUAUGGUUCUUGCAAAUACAUUUGGAUCAGCUGCGCUGCUGGUUGUAUUCUUGCUGGGAGGAUUUAUUGUCCCUAAAGGAAUGGUUAAGCCGUGGUGGAUUUGGGGUUAUUGGUUGUCACCCCUUACCUAUGGACAACGUGCAAUUACAGUCAACGAAUUUACUGCUUCAAGAUGGAUGAAGAAAUCAGCAAUUGGGGACAACACAGUUGGGAACAAUAUCCUCCAUUCACAAAGCCUACCAACUGAAGAUUACUGGUAUUGGGCUGGUCUUGGAAUUUUAAUAGUCUAUGCACUUUUUUUCAACAACAUGGUCACUGUGGCCUUGGCCUAUCUGAAUCCACUUCAAAAAGCACGUACAGUUAUUCCUUCAGAUGAUGACUCGGAAAAGAAUUCUUCCAGAGAUGGUAAUGAUAAUCAGGCCCGUGAGUUGAGAACCCCUACCAGAUCUGCGAGAGAGGACCAUAAUACGAAAGGAAUGAUUCUUCCAUUUCAACCAUUAACAAUGACAUUCUAUAAUGUCAAUUAUUUUGUUGAUAUGCCAAAGGAGAUAAGCAAGCAAGGCGUACCUGAAACCAGGUUGCAGCUCUUGGAUAGUGUGAGCGGAGUUUUCUCACCGGGUGUCCUUACAGCAUUAGUGGGGUCUAGCGGGGCCGGAAAGACCACUUUAAUGGAUGUACUUGCUGGCAGGAAAACUGGAGGGUAUAUAGAAGGGGACAUUAAAAUAUCUGGUUACCCAAAAGAGCAACGGACAUUUGCCAGAAUAUCAGGAUAUGUUGAACAAAAUGACAUACAUUCUCCUCAAGUAACAAUUGAGGAGUCACUAUGGUUUUCUUCAUCUCUUCGCCUUCCAAAGGAAAUUACCGUUGAAAAAAGACGUGAAUUUGUUGAACAAGUAAUGAAACUAGUUGAGCUUGAUACUCUGAGACAUGCUUUGGUUGGUAUGCCAGGUAGUUAUGGGUUAUCAACAGAGCAAAGAAAGCGAUUAACAAUUGCAGUGGAGCUUGUAGCAAACCCUUCCAUUAUUUUUAUGGAUGAGCCGACGUCUGGACUUGAUGCACGUGCAGCAGCUAUUGUUAUGCGAACUGUUCGUAAUACCGUUGAUACUGGAAGAACUGUGGUUUGCACCAUACAUCAACCAAGUAUUGAUAUAUUUGAAGCAUUUGAUGAAUUAAUUCUCAUGAAACGUGGAGGACGAAUUAUAUAUGGGGGAAAGCUUGGUGUGCAGUCACAGAUAAUGAUAGAUUACUUUCAGGGAAUCAGUGGAAUUCCCCCUAUUCCAAGUGGGUACAAUCCAGCUACCUGGGUGCUUGAGGUUACUACACCUGCUACUGAAGAAAGAAUUGAUGCAGAUUUUGCAGAAAUUUACAAGAAUUCGGAGCAAUUCAGGGGGGUGGAAGCUUCUAUUUUGCAAUUUGGACAACCUCCUGCCGGCUCAGAACCACUGAAGUUUGAUUCUACAUAUUCACAAAACCUUUUGCAGCAAUUUUUUCUAUGCUUAUGGAAACAAAAUCUUGUUUACUGGAGAAGUCCACCAUAUAAUGCCAUGAGGAUAUACUUCACCACAAUCAGUGCUGUGAUAUUUGGUACCGUAUUUUGGGAUGUUGGUUCAAAAAGGGCAUCAACUCAAGAGUUAUUUGUGCUUAUGGGAGCUCUUUACUCCGCAUGCUUGUUUCUUGGGGUAAACAACGCUUCUUCUGUACAACCAAUUGUUUCAAUAGAAAGGACAGUGUUUUAUAGAGAGAAGGCAGCUGGAAUGUACUCUCCAAUCGCAUAUGCGGCAGCCCAGGGGCUUAUAGAGAUACCAUACAUUGCUGUUCAGACAAUAGUAUUUGGUAUAAUCACAUAUUUCAUGAUCAAUUUUGAAAGGACAGCCGGAAAGUUUUUUCUCUAUCUUGUGUUCAUGUUCCUAACGUUCACCUACUUCACCUUUUACGGCAUGAUGGCUGUUGGUCUUACACCUUCCCAACACCUAGCAGCUGUUAUUUCUUCAGCAUUUUACUCCCUGUGGAAUCUUCUUUCAGGUUUUCUCAUCCCACAAGCGAGUAUUCCGGGAUGGUGGAUUUGGUUCUAUUAUAUCUGUCCAGUUUCAUGGACGUUACGGGGUAUCAUCACGUCUCAGCUAGGUGAUGUGGAAACCAAAAUUGUGGGACCUGGAUUCGAGGGCACUGUGAAAGAUUAUUUAUCUCAUAGUCUUGGUUAUGAUCAUACAAUCAACGGAUUUACAUCUGUGGGACUCUCAGUGAUAGUGCUUAUUGGAUUUAUUCUCCUCUUCUUUGGUUCUUUUGCUGUAUCAGUUAAAGUUUUGAAUUUCCAAAGAAGAUGAUUUGGUGAUGUGGUUUGAAAAGAUGGGAGGAGCUACUCUUCAACAUCGGAGCAGAUGAUUCUGACACUGGGUGACAGAGGUUUGGGAUGCUAUGUCCAAGUGAUUGAGGAUGAUGCCUGAGAAAAUCAUCAUUGC